GGUAGCUAUGUCGAUCAAGGAUAACCAGCUGAGUCCUGCGGAACAACAUGUUGGAGAGCGGGCUGACGUCAGCAACGACAGCAACGACAGCAACGCCAGCAACGCCAGUAACGAUUACGAGGCCCAGCAGACCAAUGAGGAAUUGGUGGAAGACGAGAUUCAUACCGACUCGGAAGAUGAAGAUGAGUUUAUCAGGAAGUACGGGGAUAUCAAUUUCCAGUAUAUUAAGAGACCCAGGGAUGCCGUUUGGUUCAUUAGACCACACGCCCUUAAUUACUUCAAGGAUGGGGUGUUGUAUAGAACCAAGGGGGAAAGAGGAGCUGCUAAGACGGAAUUAUUUUUGGAUUUGAUGUACGUUGGUAUUAUUGCCAACUUGGCAGGAAAUGCAUCCGAAACCGCCAGUGGAGCUUCGUUGCUUAAGUAUAUAUUAUUUUUCAUUCCCAUGUGGGUUGUGUGGGCAGAUAUCAAGGAUUUCACCAAUUAUUAUUAUAAUGAAGAUUUGUCGCAGAAAUUGUAUAUUCUUUGGAUAUUGGCUUUAUUAACGCUAUAUGUUAAUAGUAAUGAGAAGAUCUUGGACGGUGCGCUGGGAGCAGCGUUGCUGGUUGUUCCCUAUAUAUUGUGUCGGAUCUCGUUAAUGAUUGCUUUAUUGAUUUAUUCGAUAUAUGUUCCACAGCAUCGGGUUCAACAAAGACUUUAUUCGGUGUCGUUAUUCAUCACUUGUUGUUUAUGGAUAAUCGUGAUAUUCGUAGGGAAAUGGGCUAAAGUCGGGGUUUCCAUUGCAAUCAUGGUUUUAGAACAAAUUUUCUUUGUUGUUGCGUUCCACCCUAGAACCAAAAAGUUUAUGAAAUUAACCAUGUCAACCGCUCUCAAUAUCGAGCAUGAGGUUGAAAGAUUCUCAACGUUUGUCACCAUUGCCAUUGGUGAAUUCUUAUAUAAAAUCGUGGCUCUGAAUCCGCUAGGCCCUGGUUUAAGUUACAAAUUCGGUAGAGGGGUUUUCUUAUUAAUCAUUGCCUAUAUCUUAUUUUGGCUUUACAAUAGUGGAUCCACCUCCAAAACCGCCACCCAUCCUUUAAGAAAUAACGGGUGGACCGCAAUGGGGUGGAUCUAUAGUCAUAUCCCCCUAAUUGCCAGUUUGGUGUUGUCGGCCGACGCCGGAGGUGAACUAUUGGCGAGAGAAUCGAUCUACGGAGAAGCUGAAGAAGGGGAAGCCGAUUUGUAUGCCUUGUCCCUCUUCUUCACCGGUGGUGUUUGUGUUUCGAUGAUUAUGAUUGGGAUCCUUGGUUUAUUAGAUAAAAGCCGUGAUCCUCCAGAUUUACACAUCAUCCCAAAGUUCUGGAGAGUCAUUGGCAGAAUCCCCAUCGGUAUCAUCAUCUUAUGCUUGAGUUUUGCCAAAAUGAAUAUUACCCUAAUGAUGGGUAUGACUAGUAUGUUGUUGUUUAUUGUAUUGCCCGAUGAAAUAAUUUUACCUCCAGAGCAGGUUGAAAUUGACCAAAAGGCUCCAAUUGAAGAGGAUGAACUUAAGAAAAGAGCAGCCAAGAUCUCCUCUACUCCAACUGGUUCAACUAGCCAUUUAGCCAGAGAGUCCACCCAUACAUCCUCCAUCAACCCCAUUGAAGGAAAGGGGAAGAACUUGACCACUACUACUGAAGGUACCAAAGUAACUAGUGUUGAUUGGACUAUUAGUGAAGAUUUGGACCUUUCGAAUAUCACCACCAAACCACCACCAAGACCUUCGGUGGAGCCAACAUAUCGUGGUUGGAAAGAAGUUGGUGGUUGGGAAGAAAAAGAUGCUUUAACUUUAGAAGAUGAAACUGUGGAUUUAUUAACUCAUCCUUCGAUCUUUGAUACUUAUUUGCCUCCUGCAGCUUAUGGAGAUUGGUUUCAUAAUGUAGGUUAUAUCAUUGUUAGUGGGGCAUUAUCUUGGUUUUUCGGUUGGUUAAGAUUUUCUUUGGCUCCAGUUUUUUUCAUUAUGGUUGUUUUUGCUAUUUUAUAUCGUGCUUCUAUUAGACGUUAUAGAACUUUAUUACGUGAACAAGCACAAAGAGAAUUUUCAAUCAAAUCAAUUGAAGAUGAUUAUGAAACUAUGGAUUGGUGUAAUGUUUUUUUGGAAAAAUUCUGGCAUUAUUUAGAACCUUCUGUUUCUCAAAUUGUUUGUGAAAUUGCUAAUCCAAUCUUGGCUUCUUCUCCAGCUCCUGCUUUCGUUAAGCAAUUAUGGUUGGAUUCUUUCACUGCUGGUACUAAACCUCCAAGAAUUGAUACUGUUAAAACAAUUGGUGGUACCGCCGAUGAUAUUGUGGUUAUGGAUUGGGGAUUUUCUUUUACUCCAAAUGCUUUGGCUGAUUCCAAUAAUAAACAAAUGAAAAAUAACGUUAAUCAAAAAGUCAUUGUUAAAGCUAAUGUCUUUGGUUUCCCUGUUUCAGUCGCUGUUUCAGAUGUUGCUUUCAAGGGUUUGGCUAGAAUUAGAUUAAGAAUGAUGAGUGCUUUCCCCCAUAUUCAAACAGUAAACGUCACUUUAUUAGAACCUCCUCAAUUUGAUUUUAAUUCAAAAAUUUUGGGUGACACCAUUUUUAAUUGGGAAGUUUUGGCUUUCCCCGGUUUAUAUCCUUUUAUUAAUGAAAUGAUUAAGAAAUAUGUUGGUUCUUUAUUAUUCAAUCCGUUAUCUUUCCAAUUAAAUUUACAACAAAUCAUGGCUGGUCAUCCUUUUGGUUCUGCUGUUGGUGUCUUGGAAAUUAAUAUUAAAAAUGGUUCUAAAAUUGCUAAUUUCGCUACUCGUGGUAAUACAAUGGACCCUUACUUAACUAUUGGUUUUAGAAAAGAUGUUUUAGCUAAAACAAAACAUAAGAAAAAUACUACCAGUCCAAAUUGGAAUGAAACCUUGUAUAUCCCAGUUACUUCUUUAUCAGAACCUUUGAAUAUUUCUCUUUGGGAUUAUAAUAGUAAAAGAAAAGAUCGUUUAUCUGGUUCUAUUCAAUUCGACUUAGAAGUUAUGAUUAAAGAACCAAAACAAACUAAUUUAUCUCAAUCUUUCAUCAGAAAUAAUAAACCAGUUGGUGAUUUGAAUUUUGAUUUGAACUUUAUGCCAACUAUUGAAGCUGAAAGACAACCAGAUGGGGCUAUUAUUCCUCCACCAGAAUUAAAUACUGGUAUUGCAAGAUUGGAAUUGAUUGGUGCUAGAAACUUGAAACCUGAUAAAGCUGGUAAGCCAGUCAGCGCUUUUGCUGAAGUUUACUUUGAUAAUGAAGAGUUACUCACUACUUCUGCCGUUAAAGGUGAUACACCAGCUUGGGGUGUUUCAAAAGAAAAGAUUGUUAAUAAUCGUGCUAAAGCCAAAGUUAGAAUAUAUAUUAAAAAUAAGGAUGAUGAUCGUAUCAUUGGUAAAAUUACUUCCACUUUCAAUGAAUUAGUUGAUGCUACUCAAGUUGAUGAAACUUGGUUCCCAUUACCUCGUGGUGGUGAAAUUCAAAUUCAUGCUUCUUGGAAACCAGUUGCUAUGGUUGGAGCAGAAGGUGCUGGUGGUUACACUCCCCCAAUUGGUGUUGUCCGUGUUAGUGUUGAAAGAGCUGAAGAUUUACGUAACUUGGAAACAAUUGGUAAGGUUGAUCCAUAUGCUCGUGUAUUAAUCAAUGGUUUCCAAAGAGCCCGUACUGCUGCUAUUGAAUCCAACUUAAACCCAACUUGGAAUGAAGUUCAUUACGCUGUUAUUUCAUCACCAAAUCAAAAAUUAACUUUGGAAGUUAUGGAUGUGGAAGCCCACUCCCCUGAUAGAACACUUGGUUCGUUCGAUGUUAAAUUGAAUGAUAUUAUCAGUAAAAACGAACGUGGUCAAUAUAUUGAGUAUACUGAUCCUGAAAAGAGAGAAGGUAAAUUAAUUCACAAGAAAGGACCAAAAGGUACUUUAACUUAUUCACUUUCAUUUUAUCCAUGCUUACCAGUAAUGACGUUAGAAGAUAUUAAAGAAGAAGAAGAAGAACGCCAACGUUAUGAAAAGGAAAAAGCUGCCAAGGCUGCUAAAGAAAAAGCUGAAAAAGAAAAAACCGAUGCUGAAACAACUGGUGAAGCAAGUAAACCAAAUGCUGAAGCACCACCUCCAUCUGAACAACUCAUUAAAAAUGAAAAGAAAGGUACUGAGAUUGAUAAAGACGCUGCUAAAGCUAAGGAGGAUGAUGUUGAAGGAGAAGAUGAUGACGAAGAUGAACAUGGCUCUUCUAAAUUGAAAUUGUCUUUAGAUGAAUUACUUGAAUAUAAGAGUGGUGUUGUAAUUUACGAAUUAAUCGAAGCUGACUUAUCAAAAGAUGGUGUUUACUUACAAGCAUUCUUUGAUAAUCAUGGUCAUUCCGAUUACGUUACUCAAAAAUUGAAAGGCAAAAAGACAAAGAUUGGUGUUACUGGUGAUGCUGUUGUCAAAGAAUUAGAAUGGUCCAAAGCCUGUUUCAGAAUUACUAAAAAUAAAGAUGAUAAUCGUGCUGAAAAAGUUAUUGCUGAAACUACUAUUCCAACUUUACAAUUAUUAAAGAAUGGAUACCAUAACCCAACCACCAUUGAAUUAAAUGGUGCUCUGGAUGCUACUUUUAAAGUCCGUUGUUCAUAUGUUCCAGUCAUUUAUGAACACGAAGUCCCACCUCAAGAUUCCGUCAAUAAUUCUGGUAUUUUAACUGCCGAAGUUGUCAGAGCUGAAGGCUUAUUAAGUGCUGAUAGAAAUGGUAAAUCAGAUCCUUACGUUGAAUUGUAUUUGAAUACUGAUAAAGAACCAUUUUUCAAGACUAAAAAAGUUAAGAGAACUUUGGAACCAACUUAUAAUGAAACUUGCACUACUGAAGUUUCAAAUCGUUACGACUCUGUGGUGAAAGUUGUUGUUAUGGAUUGGGAUAUUGGUCCAGAAAAAGACGAUUUAUUAGGUAUUGGUUACAUCAAACUUGCUGACAUUCCAUAUACCGGUGAAACCAUUGAAACUUCUUGUGCUUUGGAAGCUGAAGAUGGUGGCGACGGUGGUGUUACCUACGUUAACUUUUCCUUCAAACCAGAAUUCGUUUUGAAUGUCAGACCUGAGUCUAGUACCAACAUUGGUGAUGCAUUCGGUACCGUUGGUAAAGGUGUCGGUGGUAUUGGUAAAGGUGUCGGAAAAGGUGUUGGUGGUGUCGGUAAAGGUGUCGGAAAAGGUGUAGGAGGUGUCGGUAAAGUUUUCAAGAAAGGUUUACAUUUAGGUAAAUCAGAUGAUUAGUAUUAACGUCCGUUAUCUGUUUUUGAAUUUCAUAUCUUUUGUUACUGUGUUUCCUUUUUUUUGUUACUGUGUAUUUUUCUACAAACUGUUUUACUAAAUAUUAUUUAACUCUUUC